AUGGAGGGCGACGACUUCACUCCGGAGGGCGGCAAGCUCCCCGAGUUCAAGCUAGAUGCGCGGCAAGCGCAGGGUUUCAUCUCCUUCUUCAAGAAGCUGCCGCAGGAUCCCCGGGCCGUUCGUCUCUUCGAUCGCAGGGAUUAUUACACUGCCCAUGGCGAGAAUGCUACGCUUAUUGCAAGGACAUACUACUACACACAAUGUCUGCCUUUAAGUCAAUUAGGUAGCAGUUCUGAUGGAUUCUCAAGUGUUAGUGUGAGCAAGGCUAUGUUUGAGACCAUUGCCCGCAACAUUUUGUUGGAAAGGACUGACUGUACAUUAGAGCUCUAUGAGGGAAGUGGGUCAAAUUGGAGGUUAGCAAAGUCUGGAACACCUGGAAAUAUUGGUAGUUUUGAAGACAUUCUGUUUGCAAACAAUGACAUGCAAGAUUCACCAGUCAUUGUUGCUUUGUUUCCAGUGUGCCGGGAAAGUCAGCUGUAUGUAGGGCUUAGUUUUUUGGAUAUGACCAAUAGGAAGCUUGGGUUGGCUGAGUUCCCCGAAGAUAGCCGAUUCACAAAUGUUGAAUCAGCUCUUGUUGCAUUAGGUUGCAAGGAGUGUCUUCUCCCAGCGGAUUGUGAAAAAUCCAUUGAUCUGAAUCCCCUUCGAGACGCCAUUAGUAAUUGUAAUGUUCUGUUGACUGAGAAAAAGAAGGUUGACUUCAAAUCCAGGGAUCUUGCACAAGAUCUUGGUAGAAUAAUCAGGGGUUCUGUUGAGCCUGUACGUGAUCUGCUAUCUCAGUUUGACUAUGCUCUUGGUCCCCUUGGAGCUGUUUUAUCUUAUGCUGAGUUGCUAGCAGAUGAUACUAACUAUGGAAAUUACACAAUUGAGAAGUACAAUUUGAACUGCUACAUGCGACUUGAUUCUGCUGCAGUGCGAGCAUUAAACAUUGCAGAAAGGAAAACUGAUGUAAACAAGAACUUCAGUUUGUUUGGUUUGAUGAACAGAACCUGUACUGUUGGGAUGGGAAAAAGAUUGCUUAACAGAUGGCUGAAACAACCUCUAUUAGAUGUUAAUGAAAUUAAUAACCGAUUGGACAUGGUUCAGGCUUUUGUAGAAGACCCGGAGCUUCGUCAGGGACUCAGGCAACAACUUAAAAGGAUAUCAGAUAUUGGUCGUCUAACACAUGCUCUCCGAAAGAAAUCAUCUACUCUGCAGCCUGUUGUUAAGCUUUAUCAGUCCUGUAGCAGAAUCUCAUACAUCAAGGGCAUUCUUGAGCAAUAUAAUGGCCAAUUUUCCACAUUGAUAAGAAUGUCAAAGAAAGAGGAGCAGAAAGUCAGGAAGAAGCUCACUGGCAGCUACUUAAUCAUAGAAACUCGUAAAGAUGGUGUAAAGUUCACAAGUUCUAAGCUGAAAAAGCUAAGUGAUCAAUACCAGGCACUGUUUGAUUUGGAUAAAUCUUCAAUUCUUGGUGUAGCAACUAGUUGCCCAGUUCCUUAUGUUAGGCCAGACAUCACAGCGUCGGAUGAAGGAGAUAUUGUUCUACUAGGUAGCAGACAUCCUUGUCUAGAGGCACAAGAUGGUGUUAACUUUAUACCCAAUGAUUGCACUCUUGUGAGAGGGAAAAGUUGGUUUCAGAUCAUCACUGGGCCAAACAUGGGAGGAAAAUCCACAUUUAUAAGACAGGUUGGUGUAAAUGUCUUGAUGGCGCAAGUUGGUUCCUUUGUACCUUGUGAUCAAGCAAGUGUUAGUGUGAGGGAUUGUAUUUUUGCUCGUGUUGGUGCUGGUGAUUGCCAACUUCAUGGUGUAUCAACUUUUAUGCAAGAAAUGCUUGAAACAGCAUCCAUCCUAAAAGGCGCUUCUGAUAAGUCUCUUAUAAUUAUUGAUGAGCUGGGACGUGGAACUUCCACGUAUGAUGGAUUUGGUCUUGCAUGGGCUAUCUGUGAGCAUCUUAUGGAAGUGACUCGAGCACCUACCUUGUUUGCCACCCAUUUCCACGAAUUAACUGCAUUAGCACAUAAAAAUGAUGAUGAGCACCAACGUGUUUCAAAUAUCGGAAUUGCAAAUUAUCAUGUGGGUGCUCACAUAGACCCAUCAAGUCGGAAGUUAACUAUGCUUUACAAGGUUGAACCUGGUGCUUGCGACCAAAGUUUUGGUAUCCAUGUUGCAGAAUUUGCCAAUUUUCCAGAAGCUGUUGUUGCCCUUGCAAAAAGUAAAGCAGCAGAGUUAGAAGACUUCUCUACUACACCUACCUUUUCUGAUGAUUCGAAAGACGAGGUUGGAUCAAAGCGCAAGAGGGUAUUUAGCCCAGAUGACGUCACCAGAGGAGCUGCUCGGGCUCGGCUUUACCUUGAGGAUCUCGCCGCAUUGCCUAUGGAUGAGAUGGAUAGGAGCAAGAUCGUGGAGAUGGUCACCAAAAUGAGAGAUGAUUUGCAGAAAGAUGCGGCUGACAAUCCUUGGCUUCAGCAGUUCUUCUGA